UCCAAGGGGAAGGCAGAGCUGGUUUCUCCUGAGGGCUCCCUGCUUGCCUUGAAGAUGACUCCUCUAUUCAAUGUUCACAGGAAUCUCUCUGUUUACUCAUGUCUCUUUGUAUAUCAGAUCUUUGAGUGAGAGUCCACUCACUAUCUCCUUUUAUCUUAACCACCACUCUACAGGCCCUAUCUCAGAAUAACUUACAAUCUGAGGCACUGAAAAUCAAGGCUUCAAAAUAUUAACUAGGGUAGACAUGAGUCACUUUCUAAAACUAGAGAGGGAUGGUAGUCUGUACACAAAGGAAAGACUAUGACAAUGAAAAAUACUGGAACAAGAAUAUAGUCUAGAAAACUCUGAGUAGUAUAAUUUGGAAAAGUUCUAUCAUCAGAUAUUUUAUGCUUAUAUUGUGACUUAGUUGCAUAUGCUCAACUCUGAACAAAGCCCUACUCCUUUGAUUAUACCUUAAUUGAUACAUUAUCCCCAAAUUCUAAGUGAACUCUAAUUGUGUCUUUGGAGAAUCAAGUAUAUAUUUCUGGUUACUAUGUAGAAGUAAUCUGUUUCUGGUUCCUAUGUAGAAGUAAUUGCCCUCAAUGGGCAAUUGAGGAAAUAAAUAUAUUAGGUCAAAGAAAGACACACCAAAAGACCAAAAGAAAGAAAAUUGUGUCACUUCCAAGAACUGACAUUGGAGACAAAGGGUUCUCCUCUGUGGACAUGGAGGUGGACAAUCGAACCAUCCUGACUGAAUUCAUCCUGGUGGGCUUCUCAGCAAACCCCCGCUGGCAGCUGAUUCUAUUUGGAAUAUUUCUAACCAUCUACUUGUUGACACUGUCGGGGAACAUGAUGCUAGUUGUCUUAAUCCGUAUUGAUUCUAGACUACAUACACCUAUGUACUUUUUCAUCGGCAAUCUGUCAUUUUUGGAUUUCUGGUAUACUUCUGUAUAUACCCCAAAGAUAUUGGCCACUUGUGUCUCAGAAGACAAACGAAUUUCCUUGGCUGGCUGUGGGGCUCAACUAUUCUUUUCCUGUGUUGUAGCCUACACUGAGUGCUACCUGCUGGCAGCCAUGGCCUAUGACAGACAUUCAGCAAUUUGUAGCCCAUUGCUUUAUUCAAGCAUCAUGUCCACUUCUCUCUGUACUGGGCUGGUGGCUGGCUGUUACAUAGGAGGAUUUUUGAAUGCCAUAGCCCAUACUGCUAACACCUUCCGGCUAACUUUCUGUGGUAAAAAUAUUAUUGAUCAUUUUUUCUGUGAUGCACCACCAUUGGUAAAAAUGUCCUGUACAGAUACCCGUGUCUAUGAAAAGGUCCUUCUGGGUGUGGUGGGCUUCACUGUGCUCUCCAGCAUUCUUGCCAUCCUCAUUUCCUAUUUCAACAUCCUCCUGGCUAUCUUGAGGAUCCGCUCAGCCUCAGGAAGACGCAAGGCAUUCUCCACCUGUGCCUCUCACCUGGUCUCUGUCAUGCUAUUCUAUGGCUCCUUGCUCUUCAUGUAUUCAAGGCCUAGUUCAACCUACUCUCUGGAAAAGGACAAAGUGGCAGCCCUUUUCUACACUGUAGUCAACCCAUUGCUCAACCCUCUCAUCUACAGCCUGAGAAACAAAGAUGUCAAAGAUGCCUUCAGGAAAGCAAUACAGACAAUACGACCACAUGCAUGA